UGCAUGCGUAAUACGCGUUUAUUGUACGUACGUACGUGCAGGCUACGGAACUGUGCACGUAUACGACUAAUGUACGACUAAUGAUAUAGAUUUUGGUUUGCUCCCGGACACAGAAACUGUAAACAAAUCCGAGAAUUAUACCCUUUUGUACUUCCGCCAUGUGCUAAAAUUCCUUUGUCUUUGAGUGGGUCGCAAUACUGGCAUCGUCAUCGGACUCAGACAACGGUGGGUUGUCUCCUCCACCGGUGAAAAAACAACGCCUUUCUGCCGCCGCAAUGCAAGCCAACUCGACCGCAGCGGUGCACAAUGGAGACGCGAGCGUACUCAACAGCAACGGGGCCAAUAUGGCCCCCGAACCGGUCAUCAGCAACGGUGUUGAGGCGGCCAGCAGUGGCGCCGGGCCGUCCUCUUCGGCCGAAGGAAUCUCUCGCAAUCCCCGUGCCAAGCAGUUGUCCCAAUGCGACAGAGACAUUGUGAGACUCAUAGGGCAGCAUUUGAAGGGAUUAGGCCUGACUCAGACUGUCGAUCAGCUGAUGAUCGAAUCAGAUUGUCGGCUUGAAGACCCCUCAGCAUCCAAGUUCCGCGCCCAUGUCAUGGCUGGGGAGUUUGGCAAGGCAGAGGAGGACUUGGAGGAACUGAAACCCCAGAUGACCUGUCCACAGAGUCUUAUGAAGAUGAAGUUCCUGCUUCUUGAGCAGAAAUACCUGGAGUAUCUGGAGGAGAGUCGGAUCUUGGAAGCGCUGCAGUGUUUACGCCAAGAGCUGACACCUCUCAAAUUCAACACAGACAGAGUCCAUGUGCUGAGCGGGUUUCUGAUGUGCACAAGCAAAGAUGAGCUCCAUAGGAGAGCAGAUUGGGCCGGGAAGGGCAACGCUUCCAGGACAAAACUAAUGGAGCAACUCCAAGCCUUCCUGCCUCCAUCUGUGAUGCUACCCCCGCGCCGGUUAUACACCCUCCUCAGUCAGGCCGUGGAGCUACAGAAACACCGCUGUCCCUACCACAACACCGCCAUCAAGAACGACGAUUCCCUUCAGUCUAUUUCACUCCUGCACGAUCAUAUAUGUAGUCGGAACCAGUUUCCCUCCAAGUCCCGGCAAGUCCUGCCCGACCACUGCGACGAGGUGUGGUUCUGUAAAUUCUCACCUGAUGGUACUAAGCUGGCCACGGGAUCCAAAGACACAACCGUCAUCAUUUGGGAUGUUAAUAAGGAAACAUUAGAGUUGAAAGCCAUUAAAACCCUGGAAGGCCAUUCCUACGGCGUUUCCUUCCUAGCCUGGAGCCCAGACUGCAAGUAUCUAAUAGCCUGUGGUCCAGAGGAGUGCUCCGAAUUGUGGGUCUGGAAUGUAGAGACUGGGGAAAGUAAAACUAAGAUCAGCCAAUCACCGGAGGACAGUUUAACGAGCGCAUCCUGGAAUUUGGACUGCAAACGCUUUGUCACAGGAGGCAACCGGGGACAGUUUUAUCAGUGUGAUUUAGAUGGUAACGUCUUGGAAUCCUGGGAGGGUGUUCGAGUGCAGAGCCUCUGCAUCAAGGGAGACACUAACAUCGUACUGGCCGCCGAUACGCACAACCGCAUCAGAGCAUACAACUUUGAGGACCUCACAGAUCAACAUGUAAUCCAAGAGGACCAUUCCAUCAUGUCGUUCACCAUCAGCUCCAACCAGCGGCAGGCCCUUCUGAGCGUGGCCUACCAGGGCGUCCACCUCUGGGACAUCAAGGAUAAAGUCCUGGUCCGGAAGUUCCAGGGCGUCACCCACGGGUUCUACACCAUCCACUCCUGCUUCGGCGGGGUCAAUGAGAAGUUCAUCGCCAGCGGGAGUGAAGACAAUAACGUGUACAUAUGGCACAUCAAAGAUGAGAUGCCCAUCGCAGUACUGCAGGGCCACACGCGGACAGUCAACUGUGUAGCCUGGAAUCCAGUGCUUCCUAACAUGCUGGUCAGUGUCUCGGAUGACUGCACCAUUCGAGUCUGGGGACCGGACGAGUCGGAGGGUGACGGUAGCACGGAAGUAUGAUGUCAACCUACAG